AUGUUGUUCCUUCUGAUGUUCUUGGGACACAAAGUAAUUGCUCUCAGCUGCCCUGAAAAUGAUGUUUUGGCUGUCCCACACGAGUGGUACCAUCCUGGUGAUCUUGUCAUCGGUGGGAUAUUGUCUCACAUCAUUUACCACAGUUAUGAAACUGAAUUUAAGGAGCAUCCCUCUGUGGAACCUUUUGACUUACCAAUUGUAAUAAUCAAAUUCUACCAGCACAUCCUUGCCUUGGCCUUUGCUGUGAAGAAGAUCAAUGAGGACCCUCAGAUCUUAUCUAACGUCACCCUUGGGUUCCACAUCUAUGACAGUUAUCACAAUCCUAGGAUGACCUAUCGCACCACUCUGGAUUUGCUUUUCAAAUCUCAGGAAUUUUAUCCAAACUACAAAUGUGAUAACCAGAAGAAUCUCAUGGCCAUCAUUGGAGGGUUAGGUUCUGCUACUUCACAUUAUAUGGAUGAAAUUGUAAGUUCCUUCAAGAUUCCACAGCUGACCUACGGCUCAUUAGCCCAAGAGGAAUUUCAGACCAGUAAGCGAUCUUCACUUUAUUUCAUGGUCCCAAAAGAGGACCAUCAGUACAUUGGGAUUGUCCAACUGCUUCAUCACUUCAGCUGGACAUGGGUUGGUAUUUUUGCUGUAAAUAACAACAAUGGAGAAAAUUUCUUACAGAAAAUGGAGCCCUUACUUUCACAGAAUGGCAUCUGCUCAUCAUACAUACAAAGGCUUUCACCAGUUGUCAAUUUGGAACACUACCAAGAACUUUAUCGUCAAAUAACUAGUACUUUCCUUAAUUUGAUGAAUAGCAAAACCAAUACAAUUCUUCUCUAUGGAGAAUCAUCAAUAAUAAUGACUCUCAAAGCUGAUACUUUUCCACUAGAUCCCGAAAGCAAGGAAAUUGCAUUGUUUAGAAAGGUGUGGAUCAUGACUGCACAGAUUGAUUUUGUAUUAUCAGGCCUUCAAAUCACGUGGGAUCUCCAGACGUUCCAUGGGGCCCUUUCCUUCACUGUUCAUUCAACAGCAGUUGCAGGUUUCAAGGAGUUUCUUCAGACCAUAAAUCCUCUUUCAGACAAAAGAGAUGGGUUUCGGCAGAAUGUUUGGGAACAAUCAUUUGAUUGUUCUUUUCCAAAACCAGAAUUACAAGGAAUGGACAAUACUCAGUCUCUACUCAUGCCAGGGUUCAAUAGGAGAAAAACUAUGAAGGGUAAAAAAACUGACUUUCCAGAUCUGCAAGCUUGGCAGCUCCAUUCAUUUCUUCAAGGCAUUUCUUUUAACAAUUCAGCCGGAGAGACAAUAUUCCUGAAUGACAAAGGAGAAGCAAUGGGUGGAUUCGACAUCAUUAAUUUCAUCCCUUUUCCAAACAGAUCCUUUCAGAGAGUUAGAGUUGGAAACGUAGGUCCUCAUGCUCCAAAAGGGAAGGAAUUAUUCAUUGAUGAAGACAGGAUUGUCUGGCAUCCAGCUUUUAAUCAGGUUCUUCCAUUUUCUCAGUGUAAUGAUCAUUGCUCCCCUGGAUACUGGAAGAAAGAUUUUGAAGGAAAACCAUUCUGUUGCUACGACUGUGUUCCCUGCCCAGAAGGAAAGAUUUCAAAUCAGACUGAUAUGGAUGACUGUCUUGAGUGUUCAGAAGAUCAUUAUCCAAAUGAAGAAAAGAAUGGAUGUAUCCUGAAACCAAUAGUGUUUUUAACCUUUGAAGAAACUUUAGGAAUUGGUUUAGCCUCAGCAGCUCUUUGUUUCUUCUUCUUGACAUCUUGGGUACUUGGAACUUUUAUUAAGCACAGGGAUACUCCCAUUGUCAAAGCCAACAAUCGGUCACUCACCUACACCCUCCUUGUCUCUCUUCAAAUAUGUUUUCUCUCCUCUUUGCUCUUCCUCAGCCAACCUGGCAAACUGACCUGCCUUCUCCGACAAUCAACAUUUGGUAUCACCUUCUCAGUGGCCAUUUCUAGUGUCCUGGCCAAAACCAUCACCGUGGUUGUUGCCUUCAUGGCCACUAAACCAGGAUCUCAGAUGAGGAAAUGGGUGGGGAAAAGAUUGGCUCUUUCUACUGUCCUUUCCUGCUCUCUCUUCCAGGUAUGUAUUUGUAUCCUUUGGUUGUCAACAUCACCUCCAUUCCCUGAGUUGGACAAGCACUCAGCGCUCCAAGAAAUGAUUUUACAAUGCAAUGAGGGGUCAUCUUUCUUCUUUUAUUGUGUCUUGGGCUACAUGGGAAUGUUGGCCAUCGCCAGCUUUAUUGUGGCUUUCCUUGCCCGUAAAUUACCUGAUAGUUUUAAUGAAGCCAAGUUCAUCACCUUCAGCAUGUUGGCCUUUUGCAGUGUGUGGAUCUCCUUCUUUCCAGCCUAUCUGAGCACAAAAGGCAAAGCCAUGGUAGCUGUGGAGGUCUUCUCCAUCUUGUCCUCCAGUGCUGCAUUACUGGGAUGCAUAUUUUUGCCAAAAUGCUACAUCAUUAUUUUGCGGCCACAGCUCAACCACAGGGAGCAACUCAUAAAGAAGAAUUAGCAUAUUGUGUGAUAUUUUUGGUUCAGAGAAAUUCCUGAAAAAAAGGAAUAGAAAGACAGUUUGCUAUUCUCAGGAAAUAUAUAAUUAAAGAACAAUUUAUGUAGAAUAUUUUUGAUUAUUAAGAUAUAUUAUUGCUCAUUUCAAAAUAAAUGCUCAUUUUCCUGCA